GGUGUCCAUCCCUCGUCCACCGGAAGCAGCAGCAGAAGUCGAAGCCCAUUCUCCCCCGCAGUCAACGACGGUGUCUUCAGCAAUCUCUUCGCCAAACCCACCACCGACACCACCGACAACAUCCCGCGGGUCGUCAAAGAAUUCGAACAACUCGAGCCCCCAACGUACACGGAAACAAUAGCGGACCAACCCGCGCCCGCGUACGGCGAGACGACCGUCGUGAUGGCGGCGACGUCUAUCAGCGAGGAUGGGGAGUUCCUGAUUGAGGGGAUGCCUGUCGGGGAUGGGUUCACGUUUUUUGUCAACUUUUUGAUUGCGGCGGCGUUUGAUUUUGUGGGGUUUUUGGUUACGGCGAUGCUGGCUACGUCGCAUGCUGCACGCGCUGGUGCACGAGUCGGCCUCGGAUUAACACUGUUCCGCUACGCAGCAAUGAUCUCCGGCCGCCUCGCCGACGAGGAAGCAAGCAAAGGCUACGACCCUUACGACCCAUCCAACCCGGACCAGGACGACGUUCCGCAAGGGAUCUGGUUACCCACGUUUCUGUCGGUGCUGGGCACGAUCAUUGCCAUGCGUGGAUUGGCUGAUUACAUAUACGCUAAACGCAUGGAGACCGUGUUUCGGGCUUCUUCCGAGCCCGUUCCAGUGUAA